AUGACUAUGACCACCAAGAUUCUUUCAGCCUCUUGCAAUGAGGAAAGCUCCCCGAUAAUUAGAUCCAAAUUAGACAAAUUGGUAGAGCAGGAGGUGUCUCUCGUGGCAACCAAAGGUAGUAAUAGCACAAGAUCCCUUAUUGAGAGCAUACUACAAGCGUUGAAGAAAACCUCAUCUCUACAUAAGUUUAUCGUGAAUGUUAGUGCUAUCACUUACAGUACUUCAGAAACAGAGCUUAGUAUAAAAAGUUCUAUUGGAUCGGUAUGGGAAAGCAAGAAAGAUGGAUACAUAAAUUAUAAAAUCUCUGAUAAUGACACAACAGAGUAUUUGAUUUCCAUAAUCUGGAUUCAUAUUGAUGGUUAG